AUGAUCUUUUCUAGAACAUCUACUUGGGGUCUCGAAGGUAGACCCUUGAGAGCCAUGGUGACGGCUACCGCCACCAUUGGUUUCUCUCUUUUCGGUUACAACCAAGGUAUGAUGUCUGGUAUCAUUACCGGUGAAUAUUUCAACAAAGAAUUCCCUGCCACCAUGGCCGGUGACAACUGGGCCGCCGCCGUUGGUGAGGAUGAGGAUAUCCCAGAACCAUCUGAGGCUGCGAAGUCUCACGCUUCUGUUAUUCAGGGUGCUGUUACUGCUUGUUACGAAUUGGGUUGUUUCUUCGGUGCCAUCUUUGCCUUGAUCAGAGGUGAGAGAAUUGGCCGUAAGCCUAUGGUUGUCGUCGGCUCCAUCAUCAUUAUCAUUGGUACUAUCAUUUCCACUACCUCUUUCCACCACGCCUGGGGUCUUGGUCAAUUCGUUAUUGGACGUGUGAUCACUGGUGUUGGUAACGGUUUUAACACUGCCACUAUUCCAGUGUGGCAGUCUGAGAUGUCUAGAGCCGAGAACAGAGGUAGAUUGGUCAACUUGGAGGGUUCCGUUGUCGCUGUGGGUACUUUCAUUGCCUACUGGUUGGACUUUGGAUUCUCCUACAUUGACUCCUCUGUCCAGUGGAGAUUCCCCGUUGCUUUCCAGAUCUUCUUCGCUGGAACCUUGUUUCUCGGUAUUGUCGGUAUGCCUGAUUCUCCUAGAUGGUUGAUUUCCAAGGACAAGAAGGACGAGGCCUUGACUGUCUUGUCUAAGAUGAAGGGUGUUUCUGUUGACCACGACGAGGUUUACGCUGAAUUCACUUUCAUCCAGGACUCCGUCACCAGAUUCUCCAGAGCCCAGCUCGGCUUCAAGGACUUGUUCUCCGGUGGUAAGUCUCAGCACUUCCAGAGAAUGGUUAUCGGUGCUUCUACCCAGUUCUUCCAGCAGUUCACUGGUUGUAACGCUGCCAUUUACUACUCCACUGUGCUUUUCGAGACCUACAUUUUCCAGGGUCAGAGACGUUUGUCUUUGAUUCUCGGUGGUGUUUUCGCUUCCGUCUACGCUUUGGCCACCAUUCCAUCUUUCUUCUUGAUCGAUACCUUCGGUAGAAGAAACUUGUUCUUGCUUGGUGCCUUGGGUCAGGGUAUUUCCUUCACCAUCUGUUUCGGUUGUUUGAUUGACCCAACCCCAGAGAACUCCAAGGGUGCUGCUGUGGGUAUUUACUUGUUUAUUACCUUCUUUGCCUUCACCAUCUUGCCAUUGCCAUGGAUCUACCCACCAGAGAUCAACCCAUUGAGAACCAGAACCUUUGCCACUGCCAUCUCCACCUGUACCAACUGGAUCACCAACUUCGGUGUUGUCAUGUUCACUCCAGUUUUCAUGGAUGCUUCCGCCUGGGGUGCCUACCUUUUCUUUGCCUUGAUGAACUACUUGUUUGUCCCAGUCAUUUUCUUCUUCUACCCUGAGACUGCCGGCAGAACUUUGGAGGAAAUUGACAUUAUCUUCGCCAAGGCCCACACUGACGGCCGCCAGCCAUGGAGAGUUGCCGCCACCAUGCCUAAGCUUUCGCUUAAGGAGAUUGAGGACCAGGGUAACCAGCUUGGCUUGUUCGACGAGGAGUUUGAGAAGGAGCACUUCGAUGUUAAGGAGGAUGUCACCUCCAACUCUUCUCAGGCCGAAGCCGAGGAGGGUGUGUUGAAUGAGAACAAGGCUGCUAACCAGGUUUAG